AUGGAGCAAUUCGGAGUCAGACACACCGCAGCCAGUCUCCCCCUAUCGUUGUAUGUGCUGGCUUAUGGUAUCGGACCACUGCUAUUUGCGCCCUUGACGGAAAUCCCCAUCAUCGGUCGAAACUCGAUCUAUAUCAUUACUUUCAUUCUCUUCUUCAUCGUCUCAAUUCCAACGGCAGCAACGAACAGUUUCGCAGCCUUAUUGGUCCUUCGGUUCUUGCAAGGUUUCUUUGGCAGUCCAGCAGUCGCAAAUGCUGGUGCCUCAUUUGGACAUGUUUACUCUAUUAUGUAUUUCCCCUAUGCCUUGGGAUGGUGGUGCUGGGCCGCGUGGGCAGGACCUGCGUUGGGGCCUGUCCUAAGCGGCUUUGCCGUCAGCGCCGAAAACUGGCAAUGGGGUCUUUGGGAGAUGGUCUGGAUGGCUGCACCCGUAGUCAUCAUCCUCUUCCUCUUCCUGCCCGAAACUUCGGCUGCCAACAUUCUCCUACUACGUGCACAGCGAUUGAGGAACUCACCGGCUCUCCAAUGUUCCAGGCUCAAAGAGAAAUCGAUUAGAGAAAUCUUACAGCUCGCAUCAUCGCAGUCCACGCCUUGA